AUGCCCCGCUUCUCUCUCUCUCAUCACCAUCAUUCUGAAUGAAUGACUUCUAUGGGAAGUGUACCAGUUUGUGUGUGAAAUUGUGUACCCUGUGACACUAUUGAGUUGGUUUCAUCAUAACUAUGGCCAUGUUUGGAGGUAGAAGUUUAUAUGGGUCUGUUCGUGCUGCCAUUGACCCUUAUUGCAAAACUAGAUCUUUCAAAUCAUAUGCAUCUUGCUUUAGAAGUCAAAGACUGUGCUCUUAUGGUCUUCCAACUGCAUCAGGCUCUUGUACAUCUAGUAAAAGCAAAGAAGCAUGCGGGCCUUCAUGGUAUCUGGAUAAAGGAAAUAGUAGAACACUUCCUCUUUCAUCUUUUGUGGGAAUUCAACAACUUCAAGCUGAUUCUUCUACAAAAUAUUCAAAAAGAUCCUUAAAUAGCAGUCAGUCAGUCAGGAAUAUUUUGAACUCUCGAUGUGAUCCAUUGUGUUUUAGUGCAAGUUCAGUGUUCGUUCAUCGAGCAUAUUCAUCACAGUCUGGAGGUAAGCGAGAUGAUCACUGGAAUGCCACUGCUGAAACAUCUUCAAAUAACAAUACUGAUGCAGCUGGCAGCGAAUGGGUUGACACCCUAAAUCAUGCUCGUCAAUCUGCUGUAGAUGCUGCUACCAGCAUAGGGAAUAAGGCUAAAGAGUUAUCAGAUGAGAUUAGUCCUUACAUACAACAGUUUUAUGAUUCACAUCCUUGUCUUGAAAACGUGAUAGUUCCAGUUGGCGGGACUGUAUCUGCUACUGUAGCAGCUUGGUUCAUCUUGCCUAGGAUUUUGAGAAAAAUUCACAAGUAUGCUGCACAAAGCCCUUUUGCUUCAUUAUCAUGGAGCUCAAAAAAGGAAUCUGUUUCCUAUGAGAAAAGCCUGUGGAGUGCUCUAGAAGAUCCUGCAAGAUAUCUAACUGCCUUUAUGGCAUUUUCUCAAUUAGGAGUUAUGAUAGCACCAACCACUUCACAGUAUUUACCUCAGGCAUGGAGAGGUGCAGUUGUUCUUUCUUUUGUGUGGUUUCUUCAUAGGUGGAAGACCAAUUUCUUUAGCAAUGCCAUGGCCAACCAAGUUAAUGUUGGGCUUGAUCGAGACAAAUUGAUGGCUUUAGAGAAAGUGUCGUCCGUAGGCCUACUUAUUCUUGCAGUAAUGGCUUUAGCUGAGGCUUGUGGUGUGGCAGUGCAGUCAAUUCUAACCGUUGGUGGCAUAGGAGGUGUGGCUACAGCAUUUGCUGCUAGAGAUAUCCUUGGGAAUGUGCUAAGUGGGCUUUCUGUGCAAUUUUCAAAACCCUUCUCAGUGGGAGAUAAUAUUAAAGCUGGAUCAGUUGAAGGCCAAGUGGUUGAGAUGGGACUCACUACUACAUCUUUGAUAAAUCCUGAGAAGUUCCCUGUCAUAGUUCCAAAUUCAUUAUUUUCCAGCCAGGUUAUUAUAAACAAGUCACGUGCUCAAUGGCGUGCUAUUCUCUCCAAAAUCCCUUUGCAUAUUGAUGAUCUAGAAAAGAUUCCCCUUGUUUCUGAGGAGAUAAAAUCCAUGCUCAGAUCUAAUCCUAACGUGUUCCUAGGAAAGGAUGCUCCAUAUUGCUACCUUUCGAGGAUAGAAAAUUCAUUUGCAGAGCUUACUAUUGGAUGUAAUCUUAAAAACAUGAGGAAAGAUGAGCUAUACGCUGCCGAACAAGAUAUUCUACUACAAGCUGCCAAGAUUAUUAAGCAGCAUGGUGCUGAACUGGGAAGCACUGAAUACAAUUGUACCACUCGAUGAUUCAGAGGAUGAAAGAGUUGGCAUAAGAAGACCCAGUUUUCUUCCAUGAGCUCAACCUGCAUGUACACAACAAAGAUGGAGCUCGUGGCUGUAUCGGGGUCGAUUGUGAAGACUCAAAACUUUUUCAGCAGGUAAUGCCUUUUUGAUAGUUUUGUGGAUGCGAGUAAUUAACUGUUCUUCAAAAAAGAUGGAAAAGCUUGAAGCCAUUUUCAGUUUGUUGAUUUUGCGAAAUGUGUAUAACUAUCAUUACAUGAUCGCAUUCUUCUUUCGAGCCUUUUUAUGUUGUUUGGUUAAA